GGUGCGUUUUAAACUCUAUUUGCGGGAACGAUGAGAAAACUAUGAAGAUGAAGGAAACUCAUUGCUGCUGAUGUUUCCGUGAACUCUGGUUUUCAUAUUGUAUUUUCAGGAUAGAAAAACCCAGAAAAAGAUCCCAAGCUCCGGUGCUUUUGUUCUCUGCAUCUUUAUUCUCCAGUCCAGGCACAAAGAACUCUUCCAACAAAGCUGAAUAGUUUCACUUGUCCAGAGGUCGCACACCAUCUGUUUGAUGUAAACCUUCUAUGUAUUAUGACUUGAAGAAAGCUUUUGGGGAGUGGAAUUGUGUGUAUAUUUGUAUGAAUAGGAGGUGGCUAUUAGAAUAGCCAAUUUUUGGGCAUGUCUAACUCAUGGGUUCGAGCUCUUUCAGUCGGUGAGAGGCAUUAUGGUCUUGUUGGUCUCCUCCAUAGGAGCACCUCUCGUGUGACUAACCCAAUCCCAACUAUCUUCAAAGAGAGAGGCCACCUUCAUUCUAUAGCACAGUCUCGUCAUGCUAUCAAGAUCAUAUCAGAGUCGCUAUUUAGUGGUUCCUCUAGCAAUAGCAACCGUAGGACAUCUUCGAUUUUGAAUUGCUGCAGAUCAAUCUUGAGCUUGCAUUCGCCUAGUCUGGUUCAAGUUACGGCGGGACUUUGCACACUGACUGAAAAUGAACCGUCAGAUUCUGAUUCAUGCAAUGGUGCAAGUGGCCAUUUUGAAGAGUCAACUGUUGAUUUUGGAUCUGAUGUCGAUGAUGAUGUUACUAGAAAGAAAGUUAAAGGCGUGUAUGGAAAACCAGUGGACUUCACGAAAGUUGAAGUUAAUUUGCUUCCAACUGUGAUAAUUGUCGGGCGCCCAAACGUGGGCAAGUCAGCAUUAUUUAACCGUUUAAUUCGGAGGAGGGAGGCUCUUGUAUAUAACACACCCGAAGAUCAUGUUACUCGUGAUGUACGAGAAGGCGUUGCCAAAUUAAGUGAUUUGCGAUUUAGAGUAUUGGAUUCUGCUGGCUUAGAAACAGAAGCAUCUUCAGGGUCUAUUCUUGACAGAACUUCAAGAAUGACUGCAAAUGUGCUGGCAAGGUCUCAGAUUGCAGUCUUCCUGAUAGAUGUGAGAGCUGGACUUCAUCCCCUUGAUAUGGAGGUUGGAAGGUGGUUACGCAGACAUGCUCCUGGAAUGAAACCUAUAGUGGCAAUGAAUAAAUCUGAAUCACUUUUUGAUGGUAGUAACUCUCUUAAGGCAGCUGCUGAUGAAGUCUAUAGGCUAGGAUUUGGGGAUCCUAUUGCUAUAUCUGCCGAGACUGGACUUGGUAUGACAGAACUUUAUGAAGCUCUUAAGCCUAUGCUUGAAGAUUAUAUGCUUCAUGUCUUGAAUGAUGAAGAUAAUCAGGGCAAUAGCGAGGAUAGUAGACCUACUGAGGUUGAGGAAAGUAAGGUGCCAUUACAGUUAGCAAUUGUAGGACGGCCUAAUGUUGGAAAGUCAACCUUGCUAAAUACAUUGUUACAAGAAGAACGUGUUUUGGUGGGUCCAGAAGCUGGUUUGACAAGAGAUUCAAUUAGAGCUCAUUUUGAAUUUCAAGGGAGAACAAUAUAUCUGGUUGAUACCGCAGGCUGGUUGCAGAGGACAAAACAGGAGAAAGGAGCAUCAUCCUUGAGCAUUAUGCAGUCAAGAAAGAAUCUAAUGAGGGCUCAUGUAGUUGCUUUGGUCCUUGAUGCAGAAGAGAUUGCAAAUGCUAGAAGAAGUAUGACUCAUGAUGAAGUAGUUAUAGCAAGACGAGCAGUGGAAGAAGGGCGUGGUUUGGUUGUGAUCGUGAACAAGAUGGAUCUUCUAAGAGGAAAAAAAAAUCAUACUUUAUAUGCGAAUGUCAUGGAAGCUGUUCCUCAAGAAAUUCAGUCAGUGAUACCCCAGGUGACAGGAAUACCAGUUGUAUUCAUUUCAGCAUUGGAGGGAAGGGGCCGGAUAGCUGUCAUCCGUCAGGUCGUUGAUACAUAUGAAAAAUGGUGUUUAAGAUUGUCCACAGCAUGUCUGAAUCGUUGGUUGCGUAAGGUAAUGAGCAGGCAUUCUUGGAAACAUCAGGCUGCACAACCCAAGAUCAAGUACUUCACCCAGGUGAAGGCCCGGCCACCUACUUUUGUUGCCUUUGUGAGUGGGAAGAGACAACUCUUGGAUACAGACCUCAGGUUCCUAACAAAGUCAUUGAAGGAAGACUUCGAUUUGGGUGGAAUUCCCAUUCGGAUCAUGCAACGGUUGGUUUCUAGAAAAGGCGCAGACAGCACUAGCAAGGGCAGCCAAUCUUCUGGCAGAUUGUCUGAUCAGAGGAUAAUGUCUGACAAGAGAGGUGUCUCUGCUUGACUGCAAUUUUAAUGAGUAGAGGAGGUAAUUAAGUUUGAUCCUCCAGUUUUCUCAGGAGUUUAAGGCUGGUGAUGAGAUGCUGAAAUUAAGUAAUAUAUAUGAUCUUUAUGGUGGCCGGUUAAUUACAGGCCUUGGUUCUUCAGUGUUGGCUUCAUUUCUUUUCUUUUUCUUUUUUGGUUUAACCACCUUAAUUAAAGGAUUUUGUUUGUAUGAUUAGCCGAUGUAAAAUUCAUGUAUAGUAAUAAGUGAAAUGGUAAUCCUGCCUUUUAUUGAUUUCUAAACAGUCGGAUGAUUUUUAUAUGAAUGUAUUUCCGGCCAAAAAAGGAAACCUAAGCUCAAAAGGGGUAUUUUCUCUCCUAUUAAAUUUAAUUCGGUGUAUUAAUUGCUCUGC